CAUUGGUACAGAGCAAAGAGAAAAACAGAGCGAAAAAACAGAGAGAGAUGGAAAAGCUUCUUCAGAUCUGGGUGGCCUUUGGAACCUUGGCCUUGUUAGCCGUUGCAGCCUUUGCAGAAGACGUCGUUGUGCUGACCGAAGCGAACUUCGAGAAAGAGGUCGGUCAGGACCGAGGAUCUCUUGUCGAAUUCUACGCUCCAUGGUGUGGGCACUGUAAAAAGCUUGCUCCAGAGUUUGAGAAGCUCGGCACAAGUUUCAGAAAGGCCAAGUCGGUCUUGAUUGGAAAGGUGGACUGCGAUGAACAGAAGAGCUUGUGCAGCAAAUACGAUGUUUCUGGAUAUCCAACCAUUAAAUGGUUUCCAAAAGGAUCGUUGGAACCUAAAAAGUAUGAAGGACCACGUACUGCAGAAGCCCUCACUGAGUUUGUGAAUACUGAAGGAGGGACUAAUGUGAAGAUAGCUACAGUUCCAUCCAAUGUAGUGGUGCUCACAGCUGAUAAUUUUAAUGAGGUUGUAUUGGAUGAAACCAAAGAUGUUUUGGUUGAGUUCUAUGCCCCAUGGUGCGGUCACUGCAAGAGCCUUGCUCCUACCUAUGAAAAGGUAGCUACAGCAUUUAAAUCUGAUGAAGAUGUAGUGAUUGCUAAUCUAGAUGCUGACAAAUACAAGGAUCUAGCAGAAAAGUAUUCUGUAAGUGGGUUCCCUACAUUGAAAUUCUUUCCAAGGAGCAACAAAGCCGGUGACGAAUAUGAGGGUGGCAGAGAUUUAGAUGACUUUGUGGCUUUCAUCAAUGAAAAGUGUGGCACCAGUCGUGAUGGAAAAGGACAGCUUACUUCAAAUGCUGGUAUAGUUGCGAGUUUGGAUGCCUUAGUGAAGGAGUUUCUAGCUGCUACUAACGAAGAGAAGAAGGCAGUCUUUGCUCGGAUAGAAGAGGAAGUUGAGAAGCUCACAGGUUUCAGCGCUAGGUAUGGAAAGAUUUACUUGAAAGCUGCCAAAAAUUGUAUGGAGAAAGGUUCUGAUUAUGCUAAGAACGAAAGGGAGAGAAUCCAGCGCAUUCUUGACAAGGCAAUCAGCCCAGCCAAGGCAGAUGAGUUCACCCUGAAGAAAAAUAUUCUAUCCGCGUUUGCUUGAUCUCCAGUAGCCUAGUCUUGCACUCAUCUUGCACUGGGGAUGGGGUUUAUUGAAUGGUUUUUCCUGCCACCAUCCCCAUCGGAUUUUACUUUAAUGUAUUUGAGCUGGGCAUCGUAACCGUUAUAAUUUUAGGCCUGGGAUGGUAAUCGAGCACGCUAGCUGUAGCAAAGAACUGUUUUGAGUUCCAAUUUACCUAACUGCAGUGAUUUCAUUCCUUUAGUGUUGUAUUUUAUAUUUGUGAUAAUAAACUUAAUUUUAAAUUGAA